UUGUGUAUGACAGAGCAUAGCGGCCAGGAUCCGUGUCGCGGGUCGGAUCUAUCGGGGAGAGUGUUGAUCCGGGACCGACAAACACCACCACCAGCACCACCUUAGGGGGCGUGUGAGCCUGUUUUUACGGGGCUGUAAACCGGGGCACCACAACACGGGCGUUUGAAUGAGACAGGCAAGCUGGCGGACUUCAACAUGGCAUCCGGAGACACGCUGUACAUCUCCACGGACGGCUCGGAGAUGCCGGCCGAGAUCGUGGAGCUGCACGAGAUAGAGGUGGAGACCAUCCCCGUGGAGAGCAUCGAGACCAUCGAGACCACCGUGGUCGGCGGGGACGACACUGACGAGGAGGAGGACCAGGAGGAGGACGAGGAGGACGAGCCCAUGAUCGCGCUGCAGCCGCUGGUGCAGGAGCUGCAGCAGCACCAGGAGGUGAUCCUGGUCCAGACCCGGGAGGAGGUGGUCGGCGGGGACGACGACCACGACCUGCACCACCACCACCACCAUGGGGGGUUCGAGGACCAGAUCCUCAUCCCGGUGCCGGCCCCGGGGGCCGAGGACGAGUACAUCGAGCAGACGCUGGUGACUGUGGCCGGGAAGAGCUCCGCGUCCCGGGGAAACAAGCGGGCCGGGGCCGGGGGUGGGGGGAAGAGGUCCGGGAAGAAGAGCUACCUGAGCGGGGCCGAGCCCGGCGGGAGGAAAUGGGAGCAGAAGCAGGUGCAGAUCAAGACUCUGGAGGGGGAGUUCUCCGUCACUAUGUGGGCAUCGGAUGACAAUAAAGACAUUGACCAUGAGUCGGUGGUGGAAGAGCAAAUCGUCGGGGAGAACUCCCCUCCAGAUUACUCGGAGUACAUGACGGGGAAGAAGCUGCCCCCUGGUGGCAUCCCGGGGAUCGACCUCUCAGACCCCAAACAGCUGGCUGAGUUUGCAAGAAUGAAGCCAAGGAAGGUCAAAGAGGAUGAUGCUCCGAGAACAAUAGCCUGCCCUCAUAAAGGCUGCACAAAGAUGUUCAGGGAUAACUCGGCCAUGAGGAAGCAUCUUCACACCCACGGACCCCGUGUACACGUCUGCGCAGAGUGCGGGAAGGCCUUCGUCGAGAGCUCCAAGCUCAAGCGUCACCAACUCGUUCACACGGGGGAAAAACCUUUCCAGUGUACCUUCGAAGGCUGCGGUAAAAGGUUUUCUCUGGACUUCAACCUGCGCACGCACGUGCGGAUCCACACUGGAGACCGGCCCUACGUCUGCCCGUUCGACGGCUGCAAUAAGAAAUUCGCUCAGUCAACCAACCUAAAAUCUCACAUCCUCACACACGCCAAAGCCAAAAACAACCAAUGAGAGAACCCAUCCAUCAGCGUCAAUCUUCAAAGACGGGGGAAAGGGGGGAAGGAAAAAAAAAAACAACAACUACAGAAACGGAGCCUUCUAGCAGCAGACGUGAAACCUCUUUUGAAGACGGAAUGAAAAGCUUGAGACUUAUUGAUUUCUAUAAAAACAAUCUGACAGAUUAAAAGACUUAAAACACUGAGAUUUAACUGGUUUUCCUGAGCCCCCUUUUUUGUUUUUUGCUGCUGUUGUCUGGGAUGAGAAGCUGGCCCGGCGAACGCGGUUCCCGGUCCUCCACUGGCACUCGGCAGCCAGGAGAUGGAACCCAUGGACUAACAUCAGAGACUUAUUUGUACCAGUGAUCAGAGACGCAGCCGUUUUAUUAGUAUUUUUAUUUUGUUGCUUUGCCCCUCCCGCCCUUCUCUAAGUGUGCAUAUUGUACACUUUCCUCAGGCUGUGUUUAGUAAAUUGUGAUUUAAUUAUUAUUAUUUCUCCUUCUCCACUUGAUGAAAUCAUACCUAUGAUAUGAAAAGUUGCUCAGCCUUGUUUGACCCGGUUCAUGUAUAUGAGAAGUUCAAAAACAACUGUACGUGUGAAUUUCCACACCUCCUUCAGUUGUCUUUUUCUCUAACCACAAAAUAACCUUGUAUACUUGUAUUGUAUGGCUGUAUUAAAAAUUAAGUAGACAUAGAGGUGUGAUUUAAAGUGUUAACCAAUUAAACUUUUAGUCAUGAGUUGCUUUACAUUUUUUAACUGUCUUUACACAGAUGAAUGAGUAAUAUAAACGUACUCGGAGCCUGUCACAGUCGACAAGCGUGCAUUGAUUUGACUGCGAGACCAUCACUUCUUUGUUAGAAUGUAAUGUACAGAUGUCAACCAUUAACUUCCUUUGUUGAUAUUUACACCCAUGUAUCUCAGCUGCCCACAAUAAAAAUGGGUAAUUCCAACUCGGUCGAACUUCA